AUGCGAUACCGGGAGGAUCGUAAAACGUAUCGACAAGGAGAUAUACGAUACAGGACAGGCCCAUACAAGAGACAGCAAGAUCACAUCUGGCGUGAGAAAUCAAGGGAUGGAGUAUCGGGAGAAGAAAGGGAAGGUUCUUCUACACUUCGUGGAGUUGAUAGGAUUGCGCCAUAUGCGCAACCGGCUGGCUCAGGUGCCGUUGCACUUGGUACGACAACUUCAACUUGCAGUGCCAUGGAUAAGGGAAAGGCGAGUACCUCGGUGAGAAGGCUUGCGAGUGCUAUUGUUUCCCCAACUGGCACCGCUCACGUGCACGAGGGAAACAUCACCAUUCGAGAGAAAGGGGCAACUAGAGCCUUAACUUUUUCACCAAGGAGUCUUCACGUUGAAGAUAAUUGUUUGGAAAACGAUCAAAUGAUAGAAGCUCUGCAUGAUGAGGAUACCGAGGAGCAAUCUGUAGGUCGACUCCUGGAAAGCGAGGGUCAAGAUUUUGAUUUGUUGGGGGAAGAACUUAAGGAAAUGGAAGAGACUAGAGUUGGAUCAGUGUUAGAGAGCUCCACGUCUCGCCGGGCUGUUCACAAGCCAUCGAGGAUGAAUGUCCCUUUGGGCAUUCAAAGCAAGAAAACUGAGUUUCUUCGUCGGGGAUCACCACGUUCAUUGGCAGCGAAAUCCCCUGGGCCAAGAGGCAUCCUACGUGACGUCUCUCUCCUCUGCUCCGCGACGACUCUCUCCUCUGCUCCGCGACGACUCUCUCCUCUGCUCCGCGACGACUCUCUCAUCCACUACUUCUCUGACGUCUCUUUCCUUCUCUCCUCCUAUGCUCCGUCACGCCUCCUCUCCGUGUCUGCUCCUCUCCUCGUUUGCUACGCGACAGCUCCUCUCCUCGUUUUCUCCGCGACGGCUACUCUCCUCUUCUGCUCCGCGACGGCUACUCUCCUAGUCUGCUCCGCGACGGCUCCUCUCCUCCGUGAUGUCUCUCGCCGGAGACAGUUUUGCUCGUGUGUCACGGCGGCUGAAGAAACAAAUUAG